AUGCACGAGCUGUACUUGCGGCCUUUCGCCAACAGCAUCCGGGCCGACGUGGCGUCCGUCAUGUGCUCGUAUAAUCGGCUUAAUGGUUCUUACGCUUGCCAGAACUCAUAUUUUCCCAAUGGCAUCUUGAAAACCGAGCUUGGCUUCCAGGGCUAUGUUAUGUCUGAUUGGCUUGCCACUCAUGCUGGAUAUGAUGCAAUCAACGCAGGUCUCGACAUGGAUAUGCCAGAUCAAGACUUUCCACCUAUCGACGGGCAAAGCUCAACUUUGAACGUACUCUACUCCGAACCAGUGUACCAGUUCAAUUACGGUCCUGCCGAUGUCGACGUGCGUCAAAACCAUCGACAGCAUAUUCGCGAGCUUGGUGCGGCAGGGACUGUGCUAUUGAAAAACGUCGACAGUACACUACCACUACGAGCACCAAGGUCGAUCGGAGUGUUCGGCAAUGACGCUGGGGAUGUUACAGACGGCAUGUACUUCUCUGGUGCGGCAAUAGGACCUUACGGUUUUGAAUCUGGUACAUUGCCAGCAGGUGGAGGAAGUGGUACUGGGAGAUUCUCCUAUCUUGUGUCCCCUCUCGAGGUUAUCAAGGCGCGUGCUGCACAAGACAACACUCUUGUGCAAUACAUCACCAAAAAUACAGUACUGCUCCUCCCAUUGGUAGGUGGUAUUCCUGGAAUUACAUUUGCAAAUGGUCUAGGAACGAUCACACCCACCCCGGACGCUUGUCUCGUGUUUCUCAAGACUUGGGCAGGUCAAGGAGCCGAUCGCACAUCACUUCUCGCAGACUGGAACAGCACGGCUGUUGUGGAAGCAGUAGCUGGGUAUUGCAACAACACUGUUGUUAUCACACACUCCACUGGUUUGAAUAUUAUGCCCUGGGCAGAUCACCCUAACGUGACAGCUAUCAUCAAUGCGCAUCUUCCAGGCGAGCAAUUUGGUAACUCUAUUGUCGAUAUGCUGUACUGA